AGCAAACAAGGUCCAUUUCAAAAGGUGUCAUCAUUUUUAUUAGAAAAAGUUCUGGUUGGUUGGUCAUAUCAUACGCCGAGGACUCAGCAAAUGUCUUAAGACAUGUUUUACGAGAACUCCGCAUGGAAGAAACACAAAAGUUGUGGGACUUCAUCUCUGCUCCCCAUGACUCCUAAGAAACCUCAGCAGUGGCUGCAAGUGGUCGGACAUGCAGGGAGCUUUCAUGUUGGGGAUUAUGGCACACUGCUGAAGAGGUUUUGUGAGGGGGAGCAACAAUGCUACCUCAGGCUGAUGGAGGACGCUUUGAGGCCCUUUGUCCCAGCCUACCACGGCGUGGUACAGCGGGACGCGCUGGAUUACAACAUGAUGGAUAACUUGCUGACCCAUUUCAACACACCUGCCAUCAUGGACUGCAAGAUGGGCAGUCGGACAUACCUCGAGGGGGAGCUGCUGGUGGCCAGAGAACGACCCCAGCCUCGUAACGACAUGUAUGAGAAGAUGGUGGCUGUUGACCCAGAGGCCCCCACUGUGCAGGAACGAGCCCAGCAGGCGGUGCUGAAAACCAGGUACAUGCAGUGGAGGGAGACGCUGAGCUCCACCACGUCUCUGGGCUUCCGUAUCGAAGGAUUCAGGAAGUCAAAUGAAGAAUGUCACACAAACUUCAAAAGGACCAAAAGCAGAGAGCAAGUUAUGGAAGCACUGGACAACUUUGUUGAGUCCAAUACACACAUUGUGUGGGGCUAUCUACGACGGUUGAAACAACUGCGGCAGGUCUUGGAGGAAUCACACUUCUUCAGAACACAUGAGGUGGUGGGCAGUUCCUUACUGUUUCUACAUGACUGGAAAGGCAGAACAGGAGUCUGGAUGAUUGACUUUGGAAAGACAGCAGCAUUGCCAGCACACCUCACCUUGGACCACCGCACUCCCUGGGUGGAGGGUAAUCGAGAAGAUGGCUACCUGUGGGGUCUGGACAACCUCAUUGAUAUACUGGCCAACAUGCUGCCACUGACCUGAACGCCUCUCUUAACAUGUGGACAUUUAUUCUUAAUCUUUCCUUCAAGACUCAUAAGUGAGUGACAGCCGAUGGACUGGCCUCUGAAACGGUCGGUCAGAAUUAUGGGAAUUAACUCUAUUGGAAAAUACAAAUUGAUUACAAGAACAACACAUUUUGCACAAUGUGUUCUCAAGUAAAUACUUUCCUGCACAGAUUUCUUCUUGCAAAUUAAGCCCACAACAUUGGUCAAAAGGCCUUUGGUGAUUUACCGAAUCUCAACCUGAGCCUUGUAAAGUUUGACCACUGACUGACUUUACAUACACUCACCUGCCCUGAUCUGCCACUAACAUUGAGCUGUAAGCUGUAAGAGCCAAGUGCAGUCAGUUUCCAGCCUCAGCAGGAGACGUCUGACCCAACCAUCUCGAGAUGGCCUGAUCAUUAUUUCAGGAAAAACAUGGCACAAGCAAUUAUAAGCCAAAGAUAUGGCUGCCCUGAGAUCAUAAGCAGUUUAAAUGUCACAAUGUGUCAUUAAAAUGGUGCUAAAACUAUGAAAGGGGAGUUAUUUCCUGCAUUUCUUUAAUUAAUUUCUUUGCCUCACUAUUAUAAUGAUUAGUUUUCACACAUUAGAUUGUGAAAUAAUUUCACUAUUUAUGAAUCAGAGUUAGAAUUACUAUUAAGAAAACUUUGGGACUCUCAAUGUCAAGUUAUGUGGCGUCCAACUACACAUGCACUCAACAGUUGAGAACAAUAAUAUGUAGGGUGUUCCUUGGGGUCCAACAAGAUUAAAACUUUGCACAAAGUCAUUUAUGGGGUUAAUGGUUUAAUUUCCACAUUACAUUUUAUAUUCUUUUUAGACUUUUCCUUUUAAUUAUUGUGCCAACGUACAGCCUCACAGGGCCAAUAGCAUGGCUGUAGACAAUUCCUCGUACUACAAGGCAAAUUUAAGACUCUCAGGCAACAAUAGUAAAUUAACAUUAUUCAAUGUUGUUUAUCAGCGUGAUAUAAAAACACUAUUUCCCAUUACGUGAGUUUAUGCUUUUAUAAACUCUUAGCCAAAUGUUGUGAUCAGUUUAUUUCAAUGUCUAAAUGGAGUUUUUAAAAUGGUAGUGUUUCCUUCCUGCAGCUGACACCUUCACAGGUUGAUAUUGUAAACAUAAUUCAGUGUCUGUGGUGACUCAUGUAAACCAGCUGUUUUCUUCCUCUUCAGAGGCAUGAAGGUUGAUGGCAUUUGAUGUUUUUACUGUUUUGGAUCAUUGAAACAUCAACAUUAAGCAGAUUGUAAUUUUCUUCAUACAUGACAUCUGAUCUGUCAAAAGCUAAACAAUCAGCUUGACAAACUGCAGAUUGAUUUAAGAUGAAAAAGAACCUUUGGCUAAAUUAUGGUUUAACAUCACUGUUUAUUAAAAUGCACUGUCCCUAAAUAAACCAAUAAAGUAAAGUAAAAAACA